GCUCACGUGAAUCUUACAAUUAAGCCAGUCGCCAUUUUCAGUUCGGUUUCCAGCUUGACUAGCAAUCAUGGCGGGCUGGUCAUCGCUCCCCCCGGAAGUGACGCGAGAAAUCGUGCACUUGGCCGUCAAAUCAAACCCAGAAUCAGCUUGCGAGUUUGCCACUAUUUCCCGCGAUUGGCAGGACUACGUAGAGGAAAAUACUUUUGUGUCACUAAAAAUACGGUCGACACAGAUGCAACAGCUGCGCGACAUCGUGACUCCCCUUCGGCAGUCAUAUAUUCGCAAUAUGACCUUCGAGGUCAUACUUCCAGAAUACGAUGCCAAAUCUCUUGCAUGGUACAAAGAGACGCUGGAGGAGCAACAACUCAAUAGUCGCUACUUCACGGAUGCCAUCCUCCCCUUCUUCGACGCGGUCGCUAGCUGGAAUUCACCGGCUGCUGGAAAACUCGAGGAGCGACGCGGUAUAUCUCUUCGCAUCUCGGCGUGCUGCCCUAGUGAUAAGGUACCUGAUCGCUACGGCGUACUUCGUCGUCGGUAUAAGCGCUGGGAUAGAUCUGUCCUGGAAAUUCUUCGGAAUGAUAACCGCAAAAUUCCCUUACUGCCAGCUAUUUCCGAGUUUCUCUGUGGUGACGAUUCCUACAGCCGCAAACUGUCUCCUAAGGCCUGCUGCGAUAUAGCAGCCCAGAUGCCGAACGUGCACACAAUGGACUGA